CAGAGUUGGGGAGAGUGCAUUUGCUGAUUAGGGGACGGGUCGCGGCCGGCAUCACUUGAGAGUCACCUUUUUCGACUGUGGACACUCUGGGGCCAUUUCACCCAAAUGGCUUCUUAUCCCCCGCCUGCGCAGGGCUCAGAACCCAGUUUCCCUGUCUCUCCCCCCUCCUCUGGCGUCUCUCCCGAUACUCUGUUCACUACGACACCUGCGACGACUAGUAGUCCAACAAGAACAAACGGCUUUGCCUCGUACAUUGUCGCUCCACAAGCUGCCCUUGUGCACUCAUCUUCUGCCCCCUCCCCUCUCCGCCGCUCAGUCUCUCGCCCCCUCCCAUCACGCCACGUCUCUGAACACUCGGCAUUACCUCGCCCACGGCGCAUACCAUUUUGGAGACGGCUGAGACGCAUCUUCUUUCGAUGCUUUUCAUUCGUAUUUUUCCUCCGUCCAUCAAGUACCACAGAGCACGUUCGUGUUAAAAUUCGCACAGAUGCAAAGGGGAGAACAGUCAUAAAGACUCGUCUAAUUGGCCGAAACACAUUUCAUCCCUUUGACGAUGAGGAUGACGAAGAAGAGCAACACGAAGAAGAAGAGGAAGAAGAACUACAAGUGGAAAGGUCAAUUUGGCAAGAUUGGGGUGACAGGCAGCGUCCUAGUUUGACAGGGCAACAAGAAAAUGGCUCUUCACAUCUCCCUGCCGACCAGACGAUUGCUGGGGGGCUGGCCGACGCGGCAGACACAGUCUAUGACGAAGUCGACAAUGUCAUGCGCGUCUUUGCACAAACCAUCAACACGCUCCCCCAAGAACUCUCGAACCGCUACCUUUUUACUGGCCUCUUGGGCUACGGUGGGAACGGUUUCGUUGCCGACGCUCUCGAUCGUCUCGACGGCAAACCCGUUGCCGCAAAAUUCAUUGCACGCGAUCGUGUCGCGCCAGCCAGUCUCAUCAUCACAGAUGCAUACCCCUUUCCCAUCCCCGUCGAAGCAGACAUUAUGCGCAACAUUAAACAUCCCAAUAUCGUUGGCUUUCUCGCUCUUUAUGCGGACGACGUAUUUUAUGUCAUUAUUAUGGAAAAAGUGGUGCAUUUCUUGCAGCAUUUGGAAGGGGAUGUGCAGUCCUUGUCAAAUGCCGAGUCUCCGGCAGUCACACGAAAUCCGACUACAAGAACGACAAACAAAAGCAGCACUAGCCUGACACGUUCCACAACAAGGACCACACGGACGAGCCAACGUCGGUUCCCCGAAUGCUUUCCUGAGCGCUUCCCAGACUCGCCCCCCACACCCACGAUCCCAACGUCCUCGUCGCCCUCUCCCAUCACCACCACCACCACCCCAAACGAUAUCAAGCACAACGACGCUCUUUCUGGAGACGGAUGGGUCACCCCACCCCCUCCGGCACUCGCUGACACUUCUCUCCGCCUCACUUUCCUCGCCUCCCGGCCCCAACCCCCUCUCACUUCCCUCACACGCCCCCGCCACGGCCAUCCAGGGGACCUUGACGAAUUCCUCGCUCUCUACCACCCCCUCCACCCCUCCAUCCAACGCCGCCUUUCCCGCCAACUCGUCUCUGCCUAUCGCGAACUUUCCCUCCACAACUACUGCUACCUCGACUUUCGCGGCGAAAACGUGAUCAUCACCGACACGAUCCAUAUUAAACUCGUUGAUUUUGGCAUGUCACAAAAGAAUACGGGUCAUUUUGCUGUUUAUGGUACUCGCUUGUUUUCGGCGCCUGAAAUCCUGGCUGGUGGAUUGUAUCGGGGUCCGGAAGCGGAUAUAUGGGCUUUGGGGUGUUUGUUGUAUAUGAUUGCUACUGGUGGUGCCAUGCCUUUUGAGAAUAUUGAGAGUGCGUUGGCGGGGGUUGUGUUUUUUCCAGAGAGUGUUGAACCUGACCAUCGCGACUUUAUUAAGCGCAUGUUGACGGUCCAACCCUACCAACGAGCCACGGUUGAUGAAAUGUGUGCGCAUCCUUGGUUGCGGUUUCGUGAAGGGGAGGAUAUCUAAGCACUCGCUGGGGGGAGGGAGGUGUUUUUUUUUUUUUUACUCUAUUUGAUAUCAUGGUGUGUUUAUCACACCCGUCUCCGUUUGAUAUUGUUUUUUUUUUCAUGUAUAUAUACAUGUGGUGUUUUUGUGUUUUUUUCUUGGGGAUUUUGGG